CAUUUGAAAGUCAACUUGUGUUUUUCAAAUGGAAACCCCUAUUUUUUACUUCGGAUUCUGAAAGAGCGCAAAAUUUUACGUUCAAAUAUGUAUCUUUACGGGGGGUCGAAAUGAACUGUAGAAGUCAUUUGAAGGUCAAAUAUAUUACUGGUACGAAAUAACUGGUAAAUCGUGGUUUUUAUGAAAUAUGACCCGAAUAAAAGUUGUUGGGAACAAAGAGGGCCAUAAGCUGGUGACCUUGACUUUGACGUUGACCUCCAUUUUCAAUGUCAUUUAAAGAUAAACUCGUGUUUUUUAAAUAGGAACCCCUAUUUUUUACCCCGGAUUCUGAAGAGCGCGUUCAGGUUGUUGAGCAUUCAGGUUGUUGUAGGAGUCAAGGCAAACGUUGUGGGUCAUUCAAAGGACAAAUAAUGAUUUGACCUUGAGAGCACCAUGCAGUAACGGAAUACGUUGCCAGUAUUCACUUGAUUGAAUAAAAUAUUAGGUAACUAUUGCCUGCGUAGCAGGCUGGAUUUUCAGACCCCAUGUGAUUCAACCAUUGAAGGCAAGAUCGUAAUGAUCCAGCCACUGAAAGCAAGAUCUAAGUCAUUCGACCAAUGGAUGCAAGAUGGAGGUCGCUUCUGGGAUUGGAUCCUCACUUAUGUGUGAAUGGAAAACUAAUGGAUUAAAUGUUCAAAUUGAAGGCCUCCAACUUCUUGACAAUAUGCCAUGCGUUGAUAAAAAUCAGAGACAGAUAUUCUUAUCAUAUCUUGGUCCAUCGAGAUAACCGCACAGGAAAUAGUCAAGUGGUGAUAGAUCUGGGAAUCGAGGAGGCUAUUCGAUUUCAUCUCUUCUUCCAAUCCAUCGACGAUGAAACUGAUUAUUACGAAAGUCACGAACAAUUAUGGCAUAGUAAAGUCUUGUUCCAUCUUGUUGAAAUCAAGUUUGUUCAAAAUUAUCACCUGCAAUCUCUCUUAUUCUUGGUAUUAUUUGAUUCUUUAACAUAUCCAGAUAUUUUGCGGCGUUCAAAUCACCAUCAAUAAAAAAGGACCUACUAUUAAGUUAUUCAAAAUACCUGCCCAAACAUUCACUUUCUGUGGGUAUUGAGUACGAGAUUCUUGCAUGCAGCGUGGAUUAGUGUCACUCCAAUAUCUGCAGUUGUGUCUAUUCACUUCGCCCUUUAAUGUGGAAGUUAUUGGGUCUAUGCAUAAUUCCGUAGCGAAAUUCCGAUAGAUGUCGUUCACAGUUAUUUUUCCGCUCGCACAUGUAUCAAACAUAUGAAGUGUCGUACAUUAAGUGAAAGCUGAAAUUUAUGCCGACAUUUUAAGAAAGUAUUCAUCGAGAUCCGUGACGUAUACGAAGUUUAAUUAUAUUUUGAACAUGGAAGGAAAAAACGUGUAUUUUCGGUGCAUUUCGCUUUUUUAUUUCCGAAAAGGCAAAAACGCGUCGCAAACUCAUAAAAAGAUAUGCGUCGUACAGAGAGAAUGCCGUAAGCGAAAGUGUGUGUUGGAAGUGGUUUGCGAAAUUUCGUUACGGAGAUUUUGAUCUUCAAGAUGCUCCUCGCUCUGGUCGGCCAAUCACUACUGAUGUCGAUCAAAUCAAGGCUUUAAUCGACUCUGACCAGCAUUUGACGACUACAUAACCUCAACAUUGACCAAUCAACUGUUUCAAGACAUUUACGAAAGCUUGGAAUGGUAAACAAUCUUGAUGUUUGGGUGCCGCACGAACUGAGUGAAAAGAAUUUAAUAGAGCGAAUUUCAGCUUGCGAUUUGCUGCUCAAACGCUAUCAAAACGAACCAUUUUUAAAGCGGAUGAUCACUGGCGAUGAAAAGUGGAUUGUCUAUAACAAUAUCAGUCGAAAAAGAUUAUGAUCGAAGCGCGGGGAGGCUGCUCAGACGGUCGCAAAGGCUGGAUUACACCCGAAGAAGGUCAUGCUCUGUAUCCGGUGGGAUUGGAAAGGAAUCGUCCAUUAUGAGCUGCUGCCACCCAACAAAACGAUUGAUUCGACCAAGUAUUGCUCACAACUGACUAAAUUAAAGCGAGCAAUCGAUCAGAAGUGGCCCGAAUUGGCGAAGCGAAUUGGCGAACAGAAAAGACGUUGUCUUCCACCAGGACAACGCUUGACCACACGUUUCUCUGAUGACCCGGCAAAAGUUAUUGCUGCUUGGGUGGGAUGUUUUGGUACACCCACCGUAUAGUCCGGGCCUUGCACCUUUAGACUAUCACUUAUUCGAGGCGCUACAGAACAAUUUGAAUAAUAAAACCUUCAGUUUCCUGGACGUCCUAAAAAAUCACUUGGAUGACUUCUUUGUCCAAAGAUCUCAGGACUUCUAUGAAAGAGGGAUUAUGAAGUUUGU